AUGAGUAGAGAUGCCCAGUAUAAUGUUUCAUGUAAUUCUGUUCCUAACAUCAAAUUCUUGCAAAUUAAUCUUCAGAAAGCUCAAGUUGCAACUGCCCAGGCAAUAGAGUUUGCGUUAAGCAACAAAAUUGAUUUUCUUCUCGUUCAAGAGCCAUAUACUAGACAUGGCAAAGUGGUUGGUUUUCCUUAUUAUGGACUGUAUAUCAUCAAGAAAAUUCAGAAGAUUCCUCCACGCUCAGCAAUAAUUAAUUGUAACCCUCAAUUCUCUCCAUCAAUUAUUACUAUUACUAAAGAUCAAGUAGCACUUUUAUUAGAAUUAGAAAAUUUUACUAUAGCAUUAUUUUCGAUCUACUCCAGUCCCUCAGAUGAUAUCAGCACUACAAUCUCUUUCCUGGAACACUAUACAAGAGUUCUUGGUAAUAAACAUCAGAUUAUCAGCGGCGAUUUUAACGCUCACUCUGUUGCUUGGGGCUAUCGAACAACAGACCCCAAAGGCCGUCUGUUAGAAGACUUCUUAUCUUCUAAAAAUUAUGUAUUACUCAAUGCCACGAAUACAAUUCCUACUUUCGACAGACUAUAUGCUGUGGGUUGGCCGGACCUGACCUUUACAUCCGCCAAUACCUCUCACUUAACAAGUAAUUGGACGGUCAGAGAUGAGAUUUCAUUAUCUGACCAUAAAUAUAUCACUUUUGAAGUAACACAACAUAGUUCUUUACCUAUCUUACCUCGUUAUAAUCUUCCUGGCAGGAAAAUUAAUCAGUUUAGUCGAAAAGUUCGUGGAACUCUUAAUCGUCUUCGUCACCAAAUCAACUCUUUAACCAUAUCUGAAGAUAUUGAACGUUUUUCAGAGUCCUUAAUGCAAAAUCUUCAAGAUAUUUGUCACGAAAUACUUCCAAAGCGAACUACCAAGCAGCUCCAUACUUUACAUUGGUGGAACUCUGAUCUUCGCAUACAGCAGCGGAAGUGUCGUGCGCUUAGGCGACGAUUAAAAUCUGAACGACGCAAUGGAAUAACAUCUAAUACUCUUCAAGUUUUUCAAAGAGAGAGCGUGCUCUGUAUAAACGGAUGA